CCGUCGCCAUCUUCUCCCCCUCGUCUUCCCAUUCCUCACCACCACCGGCGAUCCUCCUCGCGGAGCGCAUUUCCCUCGUCCCCAUUCAUCUUGCAUUGUACGUGGCAGUCGUCGCCUCGUCAGCGCCAGAGCGCGUCUGUCGGCCUUCCCACGUAAGCCCCCCAUCAAUUUCAGAUUCUUCCUCCUUCCCCUCUGUCUGCUGCCCCGAACGGUCGGUGGUCGUAAAACGCUUGUGACACUCCUGUAACAGACGUCCAAGUAAGAUGGCACAAUCACCACAAGGAGAUAUCCAGGAGCGCAUUGCUGCUGCCCGGCGUGAGGCAGAAAGUCUGAGGGAGAAAAUCCGUGCUCGGAGGGAGUCCUCUGCUGAUACUAGUCUUCGUGCAAUGGCAGCUGAGGUUGCCGCACUGCCUCGGAUCGUGAUGCGCCCACGUCGCGCUCUGCGCGGUCACCUUGCCAAGAUAUAUGCCAUGCACUGGGCUACGGAUCGCAGACACCUAGUGUCAGCCUCGCAGGAUGGGAAGCUGAUUGUUUGGGACGCAUACACGACCAACAAGGUGCACGCCAUUCCGCUUAGGUCAAGUUGGGUCAUGACCUGCGCAUACUCGCCGUCCGGCAACUACGUGGCUUGCGGUGGUCUCGACAACAUUUGCUCCAUCUACAAUCUCCAUUCUAAAGAGGGUAACAAUGUCAAGGGCGCCCGCGAAUUGAGCGCACACUCAGGUUAUCUGAGCUGCUGCCGCUUCCUCAAUGACCGCCAAAUCGUCACCAGCUCCGGUGACAUGACCUGCAUGUUAUGGGACAUCGAGGCUGGCGUGCGGGUGGUUGAGUUCAGCGACCACACUGGAGAUGUUAUGAGCUUGUCGCUCGGUCCGAGCCAGAACGUUUUCGUGUCGGGUGCAUGUGACGCUUCGGCGAAGCUUUGGGAUAUCCGUAGCGGCAAGGCUUCGCAGACAUUCACUGGUCACGAGUCGGAUAUCAACGCCGUGAACUUCUUCCCUAAUGGUGAUGCGUUUGCCACCGGCUCUGAUGACGCCUCGUGUCGCCUUUUCGAUAUCCGGGCUGACCGCGAGCUCAAUUCCUUCACCCAUGACAACAUUCUCUGCGGUAUCACCUCCGUUGCAUUCUCCAUCUCUGGUCGUAUCCUUUUCGGUGGUUACGACGAUUGGACCUGUAAUGUCUGGGAUACUCUCAAGGGCGAACGAGUGGGCGUUCUUACCGGCCAUGAGAACCGGGUGAGCUGCUUGGGUGUGAGCGCGGACGGCAUGGCGCUCUGCACGGGUAGUUGGGACAGCACGCUGAGGGUUUGGGCAUGAUUUCGUCUCUUCAACACGGAACACUCGCACCAUUCUCGAUACCAUUCGCUCCCUGGCACGUCUUUGGAUUCUGGUAUCCUUCUGAGUAAAUUCACAACUGUUUUCUUAUGUGGGCGAUUCCUCUUCUCACCUGCGCUCGAGAGGGUGCCUAGAGUCUGUCGUUACGUGCUGAAUCACCCGCGCUGGUCUCACCUUAUACGGAAUGUUUAUUUUUUCUUGUUACCACCAUGUGCUUAUCCGUACGAUUCCCUGACUUUUCCCUGUGAUUGCUGCUUCUCGUCUGGUCCUCUGCUUCUCACUAUCCUUCACCCUGACCUAUAAAACGGCAGAAUACAGAAAUAUACUCCUAUAGUCGCAUGC